AUGCCGCCGAAGUUCGAUCCCUCUCAGGUGGUCGACGUCUUCGUCCGCGUCACCGGCGGCGAAGUCGGGGCGGCGUCCUCCCUCGCCCCCAAAAUCGGCCCGCUCGGCCUAUCCCCGAAAAAAAUCGGCGAGGACAUCGCCAAGGAGACGGCCAAGGACUGGAAGGGCCUCCGCGUGACCGUCAAGCUCACGGUCCAGAACCGCCAGGCGAAGGUCACCGUGGUGCCGUCGGCCGCGGCGCUGGUCAUCAAGGCGCUGAAGGAGCCGGAGCGUGACCGGAAGAAGACGAAGAACAUCAAGCACAACGGCAACAUCUCGCUCGACGACGUCAUCGAGAUCGCGAAGGUCAUGCGCCCGCGCUCCAUGGCGAAGGACUUGAGCGGCACUGUGAAGGAGAUCCUGGGAACGUGUGUUUCCGUUGGCUGCACCGUGGACGGGAAGGAUCCGAAGGAUUUGCAGCAGGAGAUUGCUGAUGGAGACGUGGAGAUUCCUCUGGACUGA